AAACAGGUCAGGUUGGGCAGGUUCACUGACAGCGUACCGAAAACAGCGUCUAUUCCGUUGAAUGAAUAAGAGUCGCCUCGCAAUGCUCCGUGUGCUGGUGCCUAUUGGGAAAAAAAAAUGUGCGCCGAAACAGUGAAUGAUAUUCUCGAAACGAAAGCAGAAGAUCUGAGGUUUUCGAGGCUCCGAUAAUCCCUCGAUUAAUCACCAGGCUCCCGUAUAAAUGUGUGCAGUGGACGUUCGUUACCUCUGAGGUUUGAGGUUGUGUAGCCAGUGGUUCUCAAUUCGGGAGUGGUAAUUUCACAAAACCCCCGGACUGCAGGUGACAGCGAUAGGCUAAUUCGGGUGCCGAGACGUGGUUGUGCGAAAAAAAAGGAAGGAAUAAUAAUGAAAAAAUUAAAAUGCUGGUCAUUCGGUGGUAACGAUCAGGAAAUGAAAAGCGGCGCCGGAUAUUUCAGCGAGAAAGUAAUGCUCAACAGCUCGACGGACAAGUGAUAGGUCACCCUGGCGUGCAGAAGGACGGGGCAUCGUCGGCCGGGGUCAUCUUCGUCUUCGGCUUCGGAGAAGUCGCAGAGGAUGCCUGGACCGACAUCGGAGAGACCUCGUGCCCACAGGCUGACGGAUAUCGAGCCUCAAGCUGCAAAGGGAUUGGGAAACAACAAAACAGACGACUUGAGUACGCCAGGAAGUUCGGGGGCUAAUAUGGGCAGCAUUGCGAGAUUCCCAAAAUUAGACGAAUGCGCCCACUUUCACUAUGAACAUGUAGAACUCGGUACAUUGGAGGUUUCGGUUAGUGAAGACCCAAAUGACGAUACGUACGACGUAAGAGUGACUUCUGGAGACGCUUGUUGGACUCUGCAGCGAUCCUAUGAGAACUUUGUCAUGUUCGACAAACAAUUGCAUCGGUGUAUAUUUGACAGGAAGUUUUCCUCGCUAACCGAGCUUCCGGACGACCAACCGGAGAACACCACUGGGGUGCUAAAGGAUUAUUUGUCACGAUUUUCUCAGCUAAGUCAUGAGGGCUUAAAUUGUGGGCCCGUUCUAAAUUGGCUACAACUGGACAAUAGGGGAAGAAGAAUUCUUGUCCCGGAGGCUGAUUCGUGUCCAAUUAACACGCCGGCUGUAGCUGCCGCGUAUGCUGUUAGACCCUACACCGCUCAAGCUCAAGAUGAGAUUUCUUUCCAGGUCGGAGACAUGAUUUCGGUAAUUGAUAUGCCACCUCCUGGAGAAAGCACCUGGUGGCGAGGAAAACAUGGUUUUGCUGUUGGAUUUUUUCCUGCGGAAUGUGUUGCUGUUAUUGGCGAUAAAGUGCCCCGGCAUUUAACUGUAUCUACAACAGUACGCUCGAGACUUCCAGUCAAACCGGUGCUUCGGAAACAUGGAAAACUCAUAGCUUUCUUUAGAUCAUUCAUUCUCAAUAGACCCUCAAGAAGGAGACUGAAACAGUCUGGGAUUUUAAAGGAACGAGUAUUUGGUUGUGACUUGGGGGAGCAUUUAUUGAAUUCAGGUCAAGAUGUACCAACGGUGCUUACCUGCUGUGCCAAAUUCAUCGAAACCAAUGGCCUGGUCGAUGGCAUUUACCGUCUCAGUGGAGUUACGUCAAACAUACAACGAUUGAGGCAUGCCUUUGACGAAGACAGGGUACCUGCUCUGCAUUCCGAUGAAAGCAUCUUACAAGACAUCCAUUCGGUUGCUUCGCUACUGAAAAUGUACUUCAGAGAAUUGCCAAAUCCGUUAUGCACGUAUCAGUUGUAUUCCGCUUUCGUCGGAGCAGUACAGGCCGAAACAGAUGCUGAGAGAUUAAGAUACAUGAGAGAAGCUGUGAGAAAACUUCCCCCACCACAUUACCGAACACUUGAGUUUCUAAUGCGACAUCUGGCAAGAGUAGCAGCCUGUGGAAAGGAGACUGGUAUGACUUCUCGUAACGUGGCUAUUGUAUGGGCUCCUAAUCUACUCCGUUGCAAGGAACUAGAAGUCGGUGGGGUGGCGGCUCUCCAAGGGGUUGGGGUGCAAGCAGUUGUGACUGAAUUCCUAGUUUGUUACGCUGAACUUAUUUUUGGCGACGGUCCGGUGGGAAGGCCCAAGUCUUUGGCCAUCACGACACCUGCUAGACUUCUGAGUCUUGAAGAAGCUAGGAGUAGAGUUCUCCGAGGAGAAUCCGAUUAUAUCGAAGUCGGAGCUGGCCCAGCUGGCCUACCUCUUCACUAUCACACCGUCAUCGAGCUACCGAGGAAGCGACAUGGAUCAAAGCGGUCGCCCUCUCUGAAUUGGAGAGCGUUGUUCAGUAGAGGUGGACUCGGAGCACGAGGAAAAACUAGGCAAGCAAGAACCCCCCCACAGGUCGAAGUACCAAGUUCAUUGAACUCGUUGAGAAGGUUACGACCUGUUAAAAGUGCUGAUAGUUUGGAUGGCGAGGAUAGCCUCGGACCUCUUCUGGGGCCACCACCUAUCAGGCCUUGCGGUCACAGUCGCUCCGUAUCUCAUGAUUCGUACUUUGAUCAUCUGGCUGAUGCGCCAAGUGCUAAUUCUCCGUUAGACUUGUCCGAAAUACAGCUGAAUUUUGAUCUGGAAGAACGGGAAAUGAGGAUGUUCUCGGAAGAUGAAGGUGGAGGUAUAGCUUCAGUCGAAGCUUCUCCGAGAAGGCAACGAGCCGAGGGGCCACAGUGUGCUGUUAUCACAGGGGGGUCCAAGAGAAAGAGAUCCAGACUGGAAGAGAGAUUGCACUGCGACGUCGAAUUGAGAUUCAUCGAUAGUCAAAGCCCAGAUCAAGUCAUGGUUUCCGCAGACGUGCAUGGUACAGAAACUCCUUCCCCUCUACCCACGCCAGGGUACUUACCGCUACUUUCCGAAGCCUCGACACCUCUGACACCGGCAACUUUACCGAGAACUCCGCCAUCUAUAUCACCGAAUCCAGCUAAUAGUCCUAGAAUAAGUUUCCGAAGCUUUACAUUACCCUUAGAUCUUGGAGAUGAGCAAACCAAUCAGGAGAGAUUGAAGAGAGUUACCGCGUCCUCAGACAGAAUCUCUAAUUCUAGUCACAGACUAUCUGCAAAUUUCAAUACCGAAAACGACGUCAAAUUGGCUGAAAGAAUCGCGACACCUCUUUCGGACCAAGACAUGACGCCUUGCGAACGAAUUACUCCCACUUACGACAGGCUUACAGAAUCUUACGACAGUCGAAUAACAGCUUCUUCGGAAGGACAAGAAAUUUCAGAUGAAUCUUGUCACAGAGUAUUGGAUUCACCUGAUCAGGAAAUGACACCGUGUGACAAACUGACGCCUGCUACUAGUUGCACGAGUUACGAUGGAAUCACGUUGCCGUCUAAUGAAAUCCUUGAAUCCAGCUCGAGCUGCGAACGAAUAUUGCCACUAAGUCCAAUUAAAACGAGUCAUGACGAAAUUCCUCAACAAUCCGAAUCACUAGCAGCGCGCCUGGGUAACGCUACACGCGAAGAUAACAAUCUCGAAUCUCCCGACUGUCUGAUAUCAUCUGAAUUGCAGGACAAUACCGAGUCGGAGGAGCGUAGCGACUCCAUUCUGCAGAGUCAAAAUCUUUCGCAAAGCACAUCUCUGAGUUCGCAGACUGAAGAAUUGAUAGCUGGUACACUUAAAACACUGGGCAGCGAACCUAGUAAGUUACCACUAACUAAUACAGAUCUGGAUUCGCCAAUGUCUUGUGAACAGACUCUAGAAGAUUUACCAGAUUCCGGAUUUGUCAUUUGCGAUAGUUCCGACCGAAUGCUCACAAAUACAGAAAACCAACCCCACAUGACGUCAAACCCCAACGACUCUGGCGAGUGGGUGAUGGUUGAAAGGACCUCGGAAUCUGGAGUUUCGCCUACUAGCGUUUCUGGCGAUUUGACCGAUCAUUUGCCCGAGACUGUCGAUCCUGCAUUAGCCACAGACGCACCACAGGUGCAAUCUUUGUCAGAAAAUAAUUCUCGUACGUCGCUUGACCUAACAAUGGCCUCCACAAUUGGUACGGACGUUGACACAUCUUGUAUGGGUGUUAGUGAUUUCACAGAAAGUCCCGUUGUACAAAUUCAAGAUUCUAAAAACUCGGCGUUGCAUGCAAACGAGACUAGGGAGAGCAAAGAAAUGAUGGAGCAUGACGAGCGCCUUGAAGAAAAGACAACUUUCAUUCCCAACGAUCGUAGUCAGGGAAGUUUUCACUCUAUGGAUGCCAAUAACGGAUUGGGGAAUAACGUGCAGUACGUAAUGCACGAACAAACUCUACCUUCUCAAAAAGACAAAGCUUCCGGGGACACAGAAAAUGGACAGAUUACCUCGAGACAUCAACUGAACUUGGAUUUGAAUUAUGGGAACAAACGGAACCCGCAAGCUACGAAGCCGCAGGAAACUCAUUUUGACGAUUCCGAAGCAUGUUCGCGAGACCUAUCUUUCGACGAUCAUUGUGAGAACAAGAGCAACACGACGCCCAAUGAAAAUAAGAAUUUCGAUCAGCAAAACGAUUUCCAAUUUAUUACAUCACAAGAUUGCGAACAGCCACAGCAACAAUCCCAGUCAUCUCCAGAUCGUGAGAAUGCUUCGUAUAAUAACAAAAGUCCGGAGCACCGAAAAUUCCACAGUCCAACGUCCGACGUUCGACCGAGUUAUAGGCAAACCCCUAAAGCGCAACAAAAUCACGGCGCGCAGUCGACGUACCAUUCUGAACACAGACAGGCAGACGAUGACUUUUCGGAUCUAACGCACCCGAACAGACAUCCCCAUGUCAAUGUCAACAAGAAGUCGCAUCAUUUGCAGGACAAUUUCGAAGUAGUAAUACCGUCGGAAAAUGCUGCGGAACCGUGCGAAAUAGCUCAUGCUCCAGAGGGGGCAUCGGAAGCACCAUCUUUGGACUCAUCUUGCACGUUCUCCAACGCGUCGUCACCGGUCGAUGAUUCCGUGGUGCUUCGCGACACAGCUUCGAUUCUGGAAGAGUUGGCAUUACAGAGAUUAUCUGGAGGAAUGCACGAUAUGCCGAUAGCACCCAGGAGGAGGUACGACUCCGAAGUAACGAGGGAGCGCAGAAGUUUCGACGCUGAGAUAGGGCGAGAAAUUGUCAGAGAACGUAAAAUGAGGCAGGAGCUGGAUUCUGCUCGCGGAAAAUCCGAGGAACCGCCAAGCAACGGAUCUCAACAUUUACCACCGUGUUUGCGAGCCAGGCAAGCCAGAGCCACCCGCGCCGCUCUGAGCCGGUCUUUGGACGAAGCUAAGUUCAACAGAAUGACAGGAGGUUCGUCUUUGCCGCCGAGACAAUCCUCCGAAGAUUCUCAGCACAGUUCUACGCCAAACGUCGGUGCGCAAUCUUCCAUGAUUUCUUCUAAUAGCUCGGACCGUACGUCGCAAAAAAAUUUAGGGGGCAUAGAUUUGGGAGAUCCGAGAUGCAGAGAACGAAUAGAAAGGUACAAAGAAGAGAGACGAACAUUUCUCAGAGAUAAGUACAGAUCGGAAAGCUUUCGAGGGGCGCGAUUGAGAGCAGAAGACGAGGGGGAACAAGCUCUGUUGGCCAGAUUGAAACAGAGAGCUUCCAGGCCAUCCCUUCAUUGACCAAGUGAUAUUUAUAAGCUCUAUGCUUUUUGUCUUUGUGAAAGCAGAUGCCUGUUAUAUUUUACGAAUAGUAUGUGAAAGUAGGUGUAUUAUUAUUUCGUCGUCGAAUCUCAAUACUUCAACAGAUUUUAUUCUGAAAAUAUUCGUACAAUAUUGCUUGGCUGUUAUUUCAACUUUGCCAAUCGCUGAUGCAGCUGAUGAUACUUGUAGGGGGAAAAAAACUUUCUCCGAUAUCGGUCGCUGAGCAUUCGCAAAAAAAUAAUCCAUGAUGUGUCGCGGAUAGAAGGAGCGUAAUUUACGUCGUUUCCGGAUCUGCUCAGUCGAGGGGCUGAAGCGUCUGAGAUGUACCAGAGCAAAUAACAUGAAUCUUAUAUGGAUAAUCUGAAGUAUUGCCAAAUUACUUAUUUUCAAUACUGCUACUUCUCGCUCUUUCAAUUCUGCCGUCGUCUGGUCCAAAGGUAAAACGGCUUUGAAACAUUUCAAUAUUACUCGAGGGCCAAAGGAACUGGUAAAGUUAACGGUUCUGCAAGCAAUUCAUUCCUCGUAUAUUUUGGUUGAACUAAAUAAAAUUUUCACCCGUGUUGGAUUUUUUUUUUUUUUUUUUUUUUUUUAAAUUCUGUAAUUCAUUUUACCUGGCUUAUAAUCCUCCAGAGUUUCGACUCAGCACGAGGGUAGAUAACGGUCUGUCUGCUACAUUCAAAUGACUGAAAAGUUCGCAGUGUCUAUCAAGGGGGAUUUUACCACGUAAAAAUAAAAAAAUAAUAUUUUGUUACGUUGUGUUACCAAUUAGAUUGAUUAUCGAUGAUUUUGAUGUUCGAAGCCCAAAAGGUUGUGUUUGCUUACAUAUCUAGUAAUUUUUAGGCAAAAAAAAGAAGAAAUCUGGCAAAUUUGUCCAGAUCUGAUUAAAAAAGUUUGUAAAAUCUUAUUUUGUAAAUUUUUUGCUACGUGAAAUUUUUAUUUCUUGGCAUUUUAUUCAUCUUAUUACAUUUUAUACUGUGAAUAGAAUCUAUAGCUCUGGUGCGUCUCGAAAAUACCAAGAUUACAAAUUUCAUCAGCAAUUGAACUAAUGAGCCACGAUUCCUUUUUUUCUUUUUUCUUCUUUUUUUUUAAAUAUUAUUAUUAUUUUUCUAUAGUUUACUUGUAACGAACUGAGUAUUUUAUAUAACGUAACGCUAAAAUGUUGAAUCACUAUUAUUAAAUAUUUUUUUUUUUUUCAAUGUGGACAGGUCCAUAACAUGAUAAUAUAAAUGUGUUUUGUACAUGCUAGCUUUUAAGUAGGUAGAUUAGGUAAUAUAUUAAGUUGAUAUGAUCAUUGAAUCGAUUGCUGGUGAAAAAAUUUAUCCAAAAUCAAGAUUACUAUUACAAGUUCGGCAACACGUUUUUUUUUUUCACGUUAGCCUAACUGUGUUAGUCACAUAUAUUUGAAACAACAUUAAUUUAAGAAGGGAAAAAAAGCAAAAAAAAAAUCACCAUUCGAAAAUUCUUAGCAACGAUUAUCGUGUUUAUUUAGUCUUACAAUAAAAUCUACUAAUACCGUUUGACAAUUACUUGAAAAAUGUAACGACAAUAUAAUGUAAUAAUUUUAUCUGAUAACGACAUGCGUACGUAUACUUACAAUUAGAAAAGUGAAAUGUUCCAAUGGAAGAAGAAUCAGUAAGUAACAAAAACCGGACCAUAAAUGUUAAGCCAUUAAGUCUCGUAAUUAUACAAUAUAUUAUAUUAUAUGAAUAUAUCGAAAAUAGCAGAUAGUUUCGGAAGACGGGCCAUCCAUCUGUCUAGAACAGCUUUAAUUGUUGGAAUUUCGGCCUGGUUUCAACGCGAUGUACAAACUACUAUUUUCCGAUUAACUGUUACCUCCAUUGUUUUGUCAUCGAAGUUUCGAGAGAAGAUCAUAUAAUUUGCUCUGAGAAUGUGCUCUAUGUAUAAUCGGAAGUUCGCUGGAUUGUCGUUAUCGCAAUUAUUUCGCCAAUGAAACAACGUUCCAAGUUCCGUCUUAUUGAUAGAAAAUAGAUAUUCGUUAGUUACAUGCAUCAGACCUAUCUAAUCAACUGAUUGUCGGCCAAAUAUUUUAAGAAAUCAAAAAAAAAAUAAAUAAAUAACUAAAUAAAGUUUAAACAAUUUAUCCGCGUAUCGAGAUACGUGACAAUGCAUGACUUAUAACUCCAGCGCAAUAAUAUACCAUGAAUAUUUAUUUUUAACAAUUUGAAAAUUCACGAUUACAGUUAUUGACUAUAUAGGAUUAUUAUACAUAUAUACAGAAAAAUAUUAUUACCCGGUUCUACGAUAGUCGAUAGAUAUAUUAAAGUAUUUGAAAAAUAGAGAAAAGAGUUUAAAAAAAAAAAAAAAAUUCAAACAAUAAGUGGAAACUUCUCUAUACUUAUAUACACAAAGUUAUAAAUUAAAAUAACAGAAUAGAUGAAAUAAGUUGAAGACUAAUAUCUUAAACUUGUAUUGUCUAAUACUCUAAUAGUAAUCUUGUGUUUUGAAGAGGGGUUAUUAUUAAACACCCGAAAAAUGUUUAACGGCCUCGAUAAAUUUUUCAUUGCUUCAUUAACUAGCUUAUAAAUGUUUUGUUAUUAAUGAACAUCUGUUUCGCUCAUCGCAUUAUUAUUAUCAUUAUUAUUAUAUUAUAUUAAAAAAAUUAUAUGUAAACUAUUAUAAAUAUUAUAAAUAUGAAGAUAAAUAUUACAUCCUAU